CUUUGUUUAUUUAUUAGGCAUCGCUUGUCAACCACUACUUUACCUGCAGUUGUUGCUCAGGAUUAAUCUAGGAAUAUAUUCUUCUCUUUUCUGCACUUGUAACUAUCAAUUUUACAUUCAGUUGGGGGAUAUAUCUAAGUAGCAAGUGCCUGCUGUUGCUAGUCUCAGCCUCUUCCGUUUAUGCAUCGUUUAAAAUUGCACUUUGUCUUUUGUAGCUACACCUCGAUGGGAAUCAGGGGAGAGAAUUCUGUUUUAUUAUGUUCUGUGGCCUUAUUCUGCUUGUGGAAUUCUGCAUCUGCAUCUCCAUUGGUUGCACCAAAUGGUGUUGGCUAUGAAGUGCUAGCUUUAAUUGGCAUAAAAAGGCUCCUGGUUGAUCCUCAUAAGGUUCUAGACAAUUGGGAUGACUCCUCUCGUGAUCCAUGCAGCUGGAAUAUGGUCACUUGCUCUCCUGAUGGUUUCGUUGUUGGCCUAGGAGCUCCAAGCCAGAAUUUGUCUGGUUUUCUUUCACCUACCAUUGGGAACUUGACAAAUAUCCAAAUGGUUCUUCUACAGAACAACCAUAUAUCAGGAGAUAUACCCUCUGAGAUAGGGAGCCUUUCUAAGCUUGAGACUCUCGACCUCUCCAACAAUAACUUUGCUGGUCAAAUUCCCAGCACCCUGUCUCAUUUAACAAGCCUCCAAUACCUGAGGCUGGCUAAUAAUAGUCUAUCUGGAGAAAUUCCUGCUUCCUUGGCUAAUUUGACACAGCUUCAUUUGUUAGACUUAUCCUUCAAUAAUUUGAGUGGUGAUGCGCCCACAUUCCCUGCCAAAGUAUUUAGAAUUGAAGGAAACCCUUACAUUUGUACCAAUGGAGCUGAGCAAGUAGGAUGUGGAGAGAAGGAAACAGGAUCAUUGCCCAGCAGCAGCAGCAGCAAGGCCAAACUGAAUUACCCUUCAGGAAUUUUUCAUGUAAUAAUAAUAUUGGUUUCUUAUUCUCUUGAUGUAAUACUCCACCAUUAGCUUCCUCUGGGGAUGAUCAUUCCUAAUUAAAUAAAAUCAUCUUGGUUUUACUGUGUAUGUGUACACAAGUCUU